AUGGCAUAUCUCGUGAAUCAGAGUGGACAGAAUGACUCGCCAGGUCUGACAUCUGUCUUGAUUGAUGUACAGGCGGAGACGACCGUCGAGGCCCAGGUCGACAUAGCCACAAGGCGCGAGUACCUGAGUGUCGCUGUAAAGUACCAACGGACAAUGCUGUGGGCUCCUCAACGCUUCGUCAACUCUCCAACAGUCGCCCAAGCUCCCAGUGACGAGCCUCCCAUCGCACCAGAAAGCCCAGAUACCCUGGGAACAACUGAUCAACAUACUCAGACGUGGGCACCACCCCAGAAGCUUCCAAAUCGUCCACAAACGCAGUCACCCUACCCAGAUCAAGCUCUGUCCCAUACACUUCUGCCGCAAGAUUCCAUAAGACCCUCGACAAACUCUGCCAAUAUGACCAACUUCACCACCUUCCACGCCACCCUCCCACCAGCACAGCUCGCCCUCAUGCGCGAGUACGAAGCAAUGCGCCAAGCGUACAUCUCGGCCAUUGGCCAAAUCACCGAGCUGGAGGAGAAGCUGGAGAAGGAGAAGAAGAAGCUUGUGAUUGUGAAAGUGGUGGGCGUGAGGGUGUUGAGAGUGGUGCGGGCUGUGGAUGUGUUGCAGAAGGAGAAGAUGGACUGA